GUUUGAUACGGUCAUUGUUCGGGUGAGAGGUCAAGUAUCAGAAAAGCAUGUUUGUUUUGAAAUUUAUUUCUGGUUAAAAAGUCUAAAAUUUUGUCUAACGCGACAGUUUUACGUUGCGUUCUUUUGACUACUGAUGAGUUUUGAAAAUGUCUGUUUUAUGCACAUUACGAAAUAAGCAAAACCUUAUAGGAUUCAUACACAAACGUGUAAUCCAAAAUGGAAUACGAUCGGUAUUUACCGACAAAACAGGCGAGAAAAACAAAAGUAAAAGUACUGAAAGAAGCAGUAGGCUCGGUGCUUUAUUCUCUGACAUAGAAAAAGAUAAAAAUACAAACAACACCUUAGAUCAAGGUUUGAAGAAAGCUGAAAGCCACUUGGUUGGACGAGAUUUCCUGAGCUUGAAGCAUUUUAGCUGUGAAGACAUUAAACAGUUUUUGUGGACUGCCAAAGAUUUGAAAACACGUAUGAAAGAUAAUGGAGAGAUUUUUCAACCACUGAAAGGGAAGACAGCUGCACUUAUUUUCCAGAAAAGAAGUACUCGUACCAGAUUAUCUACAGAAUUAGGUUUUGCAAAACUAGGAGGACACGCCUGUUUUCUUGGCCCAGAUGACAUACACCUUGGAGUUAAUGAAAGUGUGAAAGACUCUGCCAGGGUUUUGGCAGGUAUGUCUGAUGUUAUUCUAGCCAGGGUAUAUGGACACAAUGUUAUUGAAGAAAUGGCCAAUGAAGCUAACAAACCUGUAAUAAAUGGCUUAUCUGAUCUUUUACAUCCCUUACAGAUUCUUGCAGACUUCAUGACUUUGCAGGAACAUUUUGGUUAUUUAAGAGGGCUUCAAAUUGCUUGGAUUGGAGAUGGGAAUAACAUCCUUCAUUCAUUAAUGUAUGGCUGUGCAAAGUUGGGAAUUGAUCUUAAUAUUGCUACACCUGCUGGUUAUGAACCUAAUGAAACAAUUACUUCUGAGGUCAUGAACAUUUCAGGAAAGACCGGAGCAUUGUUUAAAAUGGGAACUGAUCCAAUAGCUGCAGCCAGAAUGGCAAAUGUUAUUGUAACUGAUACAUGGGUCAGCAUGGGACAAGAAGAAGAAAAGCAGAAAAGAUUAAAAGAUUUUGCAGGUUAUCAAAUCGACGGAAAGAUGUUAAAAGAUGCUGGUGCAGAGUGGGUUUUUCUACAUUGCCUACCACGAAAACAAGAAGAAGUAACUGAUGAUAUUUUCUACAGUAAACAAUCACUUGUAUGGCAAGAAGCAGAAAAUCGCAUGUGGACUGUAAUGGCUGUUAUGUUACACCUUCUCCAGCCAUACACACCAACGAUUCCACAGCUAAAGUUUGUCAAGUGAUACAUUUGAAGAUUUAUAUAUUUUGACAUGUAUGAUAUAAUCUGUUAUUUUUUGUUAGUUUUUUUUUGUUUAGAUCACUUUAGUAAAUGGCAGGCCCUGUUUACUAUUGUUAUAAAAUCUCACAUUUGAAUUUCAUUCUAUAAACUGCCAUAAAGCAUCAUGUAUAUAUAUAAAAUUAAUCUUUUCAUGUUUUUGAAAGUUUAUAUACACCAUACAGGAUAUUAAAUUUUAAAUUAAAAAAAAAAAUGGUAAUUUUGCCUACAAUGCAAUAAGUGUACAGUUCAAUUUCCUGUUUUUAAUUAAACUUUUAUUACAAUCCAAAUUAUUAUUGAAAAUCAAAGUAGAAAAAAAAUGGUCUACUUGUUUCCAAUCUAUUUUUAGUUAGCAUUUUCAUUCAUGAACAACACAACAUUCCAUAUCUUGAUUGUUAAAUAUUUUUUUUACAUGAAAAAGUCAUAAAAUAGCUAGUGGGAUGUUGUCUCUUUUGCUUUUAAUUAAUUUUCAAAGUUAAACAAUUUGUUAUUGAUUUAAUUAAAUUAAAGUUAUACAUAACACAUCAAAAAACAUUUAGAGCAGAAGUAAGCAAAUAUUUUGUUGAACUGUAGCUUGUUUUGUAAGUGCCUCAGUCUAAUUCAUUCUUUUUAUCUUAUGAUGAAAUAUUUUUUUACUACGAUUCCCUUGAAGCUUAUACUUUAUGCAUUUAAAACAAUUUUGAUGACAUUAAUGUGUGCAAUCUGGUUGACAUAUUUUGUAAACACUGGUGAAAUCUCCAUGUUUUUAGUUGACUGUCUAGAAUAAAAUUGUCAACAAUAA